UAGUCUGUGUGGCACUUUUCCUGUGACGCGACGAGCUUAGUGUCGAAAAGGGCAUCCUUCAGAGAAAUCCGGAACAGAAAAAGGAAAAUAAUAACAGUCUAAAUUAGUAUCAACGUCCUGAAGUUAAGCGCAUUUCCCCUGUAUAGUGCUGAUCAUAGUGGACAUGGAUGCCCCUCUUCCUAUUUAACCAGCCCAGCCUGCCCUCCUUCACACUGCCCCAGCAUGAAUGAAUGGAGAUGAGACAUUACGGACUCAUCAGCAGCAUUGCUUAGCAUGAACAUCCACACACUGGGCGACUCUCUGGGCCCUAGCCUAGCGGUGCGUAUGAGCGGAGCCGCCGGUGGCUGGAGCAGUCUCUCUCUGAAGCCAGUGCCUACCGGGUGGAUCCCCUCUCUGUUCCAAACCAUGGUCCCUACGGGAUACACCAAGCUCCAGGAGGAGCGUGGUCUGGCCAUGGCCGACCUGGGGCCCAAACCUGAUGGGAACGGCUACCGGCCUGACCCCCCUCACCUGGAGGUGCGCCGGCACUCGGACCGGGUAGCGCGGACGUCCGUUAGCCUGUCAGACGGUGGGGAUGUGCGGUACUCUGAGACUGAGCCCAUGCUCCCUGAGGGGACACUCUCAGGGGAGGAGGGUGAUGACGAGGAGAAGGAGGAAGAGGAGAGUCAGAGGCCCCCCACGCGGAACAUGCCCAAGGAGUCACCCCUGGCCAUGGCGCUGCAGAUCGUGGUGCCUUUCCUGCUGGCUGGGUUCGGCACGGUGUCAGCAGGGAUGGUGCUGGACAUAGUACAGCACUGGGAUGCCUUUAAGUACAUUACAGAGAUCUUCAUCCUGGUUCCGGCUCUGCUGGGCCUGAAGGGCAACCUGGAGAUGACCCUCGCAUCCAGACUAUCCACCGCGGUGAAUGUGGGGAAGAUGGACUCUCCCAUAGAGAAGUGGAAUCUGAUCAUAGGAAACCUGGCGUUAAAACAGGUACAGGCUACAGUAGUAGGCUUCCUGGCAGCAGUGGCGGCAGUGGUUCUGGGUUGGAUCCCAGAGGGGAAGUUCCAGAUGAGUCAUGCCGUGCUGCUCUGCUCUGCCAGCGUGGCCACUGCCUUCAUUGCCUCUAUGCUGCAGGGCUUCAUCAUGGUGGGGGUGAUCGUGGGCUCCAAGAAGACGGGCAUCAACCCCGACAACGUGGCUACACCCAUCGCCGCCAGCUUCGGUGACCUCAUCACCCUGGCCAUCCUGGCCUGGAUCAGCCAGGGACUCUACAACUGCCUGGGUAAGGAUUUGGACUGGAUAUUUCCAUCUGGAAAUAAGACACAAAACCAGACUCUCACCCUACGCGUCGUGUCGCCUGGUGUGGCCUUCUUGCCUGUCGUCUGCACUCCCAAGGGUGGAUGUAUCGGAGGUCUCAUCUUGGACAAAACAGUGUCUGACCCGACCUGCGGCAUCGGGGUUGGAAGGAUACAAAUCUGGGUCCUCGCGUUUCUCUCUAACCCUCACUUCCGUUCUAUACUCAGCUGCCUCCAGUCAGCUCCAGCCCUAAGCCUGCCUGUUCUGUCUUCUCCAGGUAUUGGGGGGAACCUGGUAGCCAUCCAGUCUAGCCGUAUCUCCACUCACCUGCACUUCCACAGUGCUCCUGGGGAGGUACCAGAGGAAGCCAAAGGCUGCUACUACCCCUGCCGCACCUUCUGUGGCACAGGAGCCAAUCACCGUUCGGCCCAGGUGCUGCUCCUAUUGGUGCUCCCGGGUCACCUGAUCUUCCUGUACACCAUCCACCUGAUGAAGAGCGGCCACACCACCCUGACGCCUAUCUUCAUGACCGUCUACCUGGCUGCCGCCCUCUUACAGGUGUUCCUGUUGCUGUGUAUAGCAGACUGGAUGGUGUACUCUAUGUGGCGUAGUGGUAAAGACCCAGACAGUUUCUCCAUCCCCUACCUGACCGCCCUGGGCGACCUCCUGGGCACCGCCCUCCUGGCCCUCAGCUUCCAAUUCCUGUGGUACAUCGGCGACCAGGACAGCGACGUGGGUGACUGAGAUGACCCCUGAUCCCUGGCAGAGGGGUCACGCCCGUGCCUCUACCCCUGACCCAGAACCCCUACCCCUUCUCUUAUGCCUUGCGGGGUUGAUGCCGUUGAGGCGUUUUGCAUCGCUCAGCUAUUGGUCGCUGGAACAUUCCUCUGCCUCUCCUAUUGGGCAGAGUAGCACUUAACAAUAUGCUGAUUGAGCCAAUGAGGAGCUACAGAUGUUCAUUUAGAAGA